GCCUCAUCCCUGCCACGGCACACUCCCAGAGGGGAGCUGGGGAAGCAGAAGCUGCCAGGAGAAAGCCCAGCUCUGCCCUCCCCACCCAGCCCUGGAGAGUGGUGCAGUCCGACCUGGCAGCAUGAGGCUGGGUUGGCACCUGUAGGUGUGGGCUGUUGGGACUCAGCAGGGCCAGCCAGGUGCUCGCUCCCAUGGCUGCUGGAGGAGCCCGUGCCCAUUUUUCUCCAUCGAUAAUGGCCACAACCAAUGUCCCUCUUGCUUUGUGAUGCUGCGGGUAAUACUCGUGGAACUGCUGUGCUAACAGAACUUCCUGAUCGUUGUAACUGGGACAGUGGGUUAUGCCUUGGAAGCAGAAGGACUGUGACUUGCACUUGCACAAUCAACAACUGCAGAAGUGCCGGGUUCUAAAAGUAACUUGGUGUCUUUUCAUGAGGAUGUUAGAAAUUAUACUUGAGAAACUUGAGUGAAAAGAAAAUUUCAGAUGAAAAAGGAGCUGCUGAGAAAAGAACAAUGACUCUGAUUAAAAAGAAUGUCUGUCAUGAUUCUGUAUACAUAAACGCAGCUAAGAUUUUUCACAGCAUUCAUAAUAAAAAGCCAAAGGAUAGAAUGUUAGUGCAAUAUGGUGAUGACUCAGUAUCUCCCAUGCUGACUCUUAAAGAUGAGUAUUCCCAGCGUUUAUCUUACGAACUCGCUUUCAGUGCUCUGAAAUAUCAAGAUCUCCUUGAAGAAAUACUGCUAGACAGUCAUGCUUACCCAUGUCAUUCAAUACCGGAUGAAUUAACCAGCCUGCUUCUUGUGAUGCUUUACGACCUGCAAGACAGAGAGUUUGAAGCACGAGUGAUAUCUGAUGAGGAGGAACCUAUAGCAGAAGUUCAGGAAAUAGAGAAUUUUCUAUUCAGGUUUAGGAUCAAAUUGGCAGCUGCACUAGCAAGAUGUCGCAUCAAGCAUGAUGCUCUUUCAAUUGAACACUUUCUACCAGAAACUAUAAGGAAGCACGAACAAAGAGCUUCUGCCUUGCCUUUAUGUGCUUGGAUAAACACAUUGAAGACCAGCCUUCAAGAUGUCUUCAGAGAUCUGAAGAGUAAGGGAUUCACUGAAGUUGAAUCUGUGUCAGACUUGAGCGGUUACACAUACUGUUUGGACCAGCAUUGCCACAACGUCUUGUUUUUCCCUUCCUCUCUUAAAGACGAACUGCUUAAUUUAGAUCUAUUUGCAGAUUGCAAGCUCUUACUGCAGGAUAAGUCUCGCAGCCUUGCUGUACAUUCUGUGCAGGCGCUGUUGAGUACAGAUGAUGAUGUUAUUGUGGCUCACCUGGGUUCCCACCUCACCGUCGCUCAUAUGUCGGCACUGAGAAAUCACAGCACAUCCACAGUUUUUGUUUGUGGUGUAAAAACUUCUGCAAAAGCAGCUGAACUGGGAGACUUGUUCAGUCACAUGGGAUGCAAAAAUAUUCAGUUGUUGCAUGAAGACUUCACUGAGAUUGAACUGAAAGAUCCCAGGCUUCAAAACGCAAAAGUCAUUUUGUUGAUACCACAGUGCUCUGGGCUGAGUUUUAGUAAUCCAAUAGAUUUUAUUUUGACUGAACAUGGAGAUGCAGGAUUGCUGAAAGACCUCUACCAAGGAUCUGUGUCUAAGGAUAAACUCUGUAUUCUUGCUGAGAGGCAGCUGAAUGAGUUGAUGCAUGCAAUGAAAUUUCAAGUACAAUCUAUUGUUUACUGCACUUCUUCAGUUUACCCAGAAGAGAAUGAACAAGUAGUGCAAAAAGCACUGGAAUUUUGUGUGAAAGGAAAAAAACUAAAACCAUUCAGACUGAUUCCUCCUGUUCUUCCUGCUUGCUCCAACCCAGAGUCCAGCACUGAUUCUUUUUUCAAAAUAGAACCAUCGGAAAUUUCCAGCGGCUGUUUUCUGGCUGUUAUAGCAAGAGAGACAGACUCUUCCAAAAAUGUGUCCGCUAAAGAUAUUUUGUCUCAAGCUGCAGCAAAAGGACUACUACUAGACAGCAUUCUAGGUAAAUCAAAGGAAGAAGAGAAGCAAGGGAAAGAAGCACAACAUGGAAGUGAUGCUACUCGUACUCGCAUAGAGCCAAAGACUGCUGCGGUCCCUCACCCUGAAGCUGUAUCUAACAGGAAAGCUGCAGUUGUAGUAUCCAAAGUUGAAAGCAAACGAAAAAAAAAGAAUUCCGACCAACCAAGAGGUCACAUUCAGCUGAAGAAACCUACCAUCAACCCAGCUUCAGACACAGGUGUUUCUAAAGUGCCAAAGCACACAUCUGCUGUCAAGGUGCACAGAAAGCAGACACAAGCUAGAAAGCCACGUGCAGAAUGUAAAAAAAUGGUCAAGCCACGUGCAGAAUGUAAAAAAAUGGUCGCAGUGAAGCUAGUGGAAAUAGUUUUUCCUCCAAUGAUAUCACCAUAUGGACAUCCGCAAGGAAACCAACACAGGAUGCCAGCUCAUAUCUCUCUGCUCCAGUCCAGACAGAGGAAUAGAAGUUUGAGGGACAGAGAACCUCCUCAACCCGUGUCUAAAGUGGUCAAACCAACAGUGCUCAGAAAUUCUCAAUCAGGGCUGUAAGAAUCUUCAAACUUUCCCCUAACUUUUUAGAAAGGUAAAGAUUCCUGUAUGUAUUUAUUCAUGCACGUAGAUUGCAAUAUAUCUUUAUUCAUUAUAGUCUUACUAUGAGACAAAUUCUCAGUUGGUUGCAUGGAAAUAGCUAUGUUAGCCAUUUAAAACCAAAAAUUACAUUUUAAAGUAAAUGCAGCUCAGUCGCGUAAGGCUGAUAGACCACUGGGGGAGUCAGGUGAAAAAUACUGCAGCUAUUUGCUAUAGACUUUUAAAUGACAAGUUACAGCACACCGUUUUUGUAAAUUACCUUUUGGGCUGUGACACACAGAAACCGAGCCUUGCACAGUAAGCAAGUUAGUUCAGUUUUAUCUCUCAAGCUGGAUGUGAUUUUUUUCUACAAACAGCUGGCCAAGUACAUUUGAACCCAUGGGCUUUCCAGUAUUAAUUCCUUUGGUUUCCAUUCACAGGUGCUUAAAAAUAUUAUAAGGGGAAACUACAUAAAUAUUACUAUGCAUUAUCGUGUCAAUUCAGUAUUUUUAGUAACAUCAACCAAAACAGAGCUCUUUUCACAUCAGAUAAGCUGCUAUUAUCUAAGUUAUUUUUAUAAAUAGUGUAACUAUUUAUUUGAAUAAUGAGUGAACACAAGGACUGAAUAAGUUUUCCACUGUUGAGAAAUCAGCAGUGGGAACCUAACCUGUUCCCUGUUGCUAACAAAUGCAGAAUAAAUGGUGAAUAUCUACAUUUGUCUGAGCACAAUGUAAUAAGUGACUUAGUACUAAAUAUGGGCAGUAUGAACAGAAAAAGUAAUUCAGGAAUUGUUAGCAACUGUUCGUUAUGACAGUUGGUAAGAGUUUAUUCAAUGUAAACACGCCAAGUGUCAGCAAUAUGAUAUGGAAUCUUAAGGAUUUAGACCCAUGCAGAGAAAAUGUUUUAACAUCUUUAUUUUCUUCCUGUCCACAUCAGCCAACGUAGACGAACAAGCUUUAGAAGAAGGGAUGUGUUACACCAUUGGCACAGAGAACUGCUGCUUCUUCAUCAGAUAAAUAUUACUACUCCACUGAAUCAGUGAAAAAUUCUGUUCAUGUUUUUAAUCAGAGUCGCCUGUUGUACUCAGAGGUAUCACUCACCUGCAGUACAUCGCUGUGAGUAACCUACGCUCCUCACCUGGUCCAAUAAAAGGAAAAGCUUUGUUUUUGUUUCUGAACAUACUUACCUCGACCUGUUUGUUUGCAGUGUAUAGAACUGGAACAAAAACUAAGAAUCCCACAUUCUUUCAAACCACCUUCAAGGAGGAUUCUACGUAAUAGACAAAAGGAAUGGAAAGAAGGGUUUGUUUUUUUUUUGAUAUGGUUGUUAAAUGCCUAAAAGAAGCUUAAGAGAUCCUUAAAUUAGAGAAGUGAACUUGCAUAUUUUUAAAAAUAGAGCCCAGUGUCUCUCAUUUACUAAAUAUUGAUUAAAAUGACUCCAAAAUGAACAUGCUUUGGGCUUACACGUGAUGUUCCACACUUGGCCUUUUAUCUUGUUUUGAGGGAGCUGAGUCCAUCAGAUGUUAUGGAGACCAAACGCGUGGUGACCUUGAUAUCUUACCUAGAAUACAGAAGAGCUAGCAGGGAAGAUUUUAGUUCAGCAGGUUUACCAGCUUGCUUGGUGAGCACCGAACAUCACCUGCUGGCAACAUCUGAUACUGACUUCAAAUGGCUCGUGGAUAGGAGCCUGAAGGAUCAAUUAAACACUUCUUAAAAAUAAAGUGAAGUAAAACUGUAUCAUACAUAACUAGUUCUCAGUAUUCCACUUAAGUAUUUGUAAUUUUCAACUAGAAGCCACUGAUUCAGUUUUAUACAUACAAAAACCUCCAUGGCACUGCUACUGCCUCUAAACAGCCAUCAUAUAUUUUUCCCUUCCCUCAAUUUGGAACAAGAAAAGAAAGAAUUUCCCAGUUCCCUGGACCAGCAACAGUUGAGACAAUCAUUUUAUGCAGCCAAAUUUAUUCUCAGAACAGAUUACAUUUAGAUGUGUAGAAGUGGACAACAGCAGGGGAAAUUGCACUUUUCAGCAUCAACUGGGUGCUCUAUGCAAGGCUGAGCUCUGCUAAUAACCAGUAGGUGUGGGUCCACCUACUUCUGCUGACUGUGCAGCACAAGUUUUUAGCAACAUAUGAAUUAACUUGCCCAAGGAAGGAAUAAUGGCAUUUAAGGCUGAACCCACAUGAGCUGCUGAAAUAAAAAAGCGCUGUUUUGCAUGGAUGCUUUACCAACAGUUGUACAUCACUAAUAAAAUAUUCAUCUAUGAAAUACUUGAUAAGACUAAAAAUAAAAGGAUGCAGAACUCUUAGGAAAUGACGCAGACCUGACCUGGAAUAAGCUGUCAGACACUCCAGAGCCUCUCUUCCUGUCACAAAAGGGCAUGUUGCUUCAGCAGGCACAGGUAUCUCCAUGCAUGGUGUUAUUGUGAGUUGGUCCUAGGCCGCUUCUGUGCAAUUUUUGUUAUUCCUAUUUAAAGUCCCCAUAGUUGUCUCUGUAGCCUUGAACCUCCCACACCACUUCUCUCCCCCCUUCAAGUGAAACAGUGACUUAAAGAAAACCUACAGCCAGCACUGCGGAUUUCAAAAGAAAGGCUUUUAUCUCUCAUUUUUGAUGGUGAAUAUAAAUCUCCUUGCUUCUGCAAGGGAGCGCAUUAAUGACGUGUGAUGUGUGAUACUUACCUCUAGUUUCUACUUGCAUUGAAAAAAAUAAGAAAUUAGCUUCGCUUUACAUGAUUUUUCUACAGACUUCAAUAAAAAUGUGACUACAAAUAAUUACAAAGCUGCCUUUUUUUAGGCAACCUAUAGUAUACAGCAUAGAGAACGUUACAAGAUCACGUCCAGUAAAGACAAUACAUCGACAUCAUAAUGCAGGAUAUUUCAGUAAAAAUAGAAUAAAUAAAAUAAAAAUAUUUUAAGCUGUAUUUAACAGGUUAAUUUAAAAUAUGGCAUCAGACAUACAAGGCAUAGUGAAUGCAUGGCUGCCUGCUUACAGAAUCGCUGGGUAUUAUAAAAAAUGCAUAGAUAACUGAAGGGUUGCUACAACAUCAAAUAAAACAGUGGUAGUUACUCAGACACGUGUAUGCCAUACACACAUUUUUAGCCAUGGUUAAAGAGUGCCUCAGUACAUUGUUUGAUAAAAGACAACGAGCUCUGCAAUUUUAGGUGUUGAUUCUACAAACACCUGGGUGUAUAUUUAACACUUUUUAGAAACUCAGGAGUUCUACUGAAGCCAAAAGGCCAAAUAUUUUGGCCCAUUAAGCAAACUACUUAAUUAUUUGCAAAAUCAACAGCAUUUUGGUAACAGACAAGAAAUUCAGGGGACCUACAGCUUUCCCAAUACCUUUCUCUCUCUUUUCCCUCAGCCCUUCCUGCAGUGGCACAUUUUUGCCAGUGAAAACUCUGUGUUCAGAGCCUUGUCGACACAGAUGUGUAAAGACUCCUGACACAGCUUCUUACCUUAACACUGCUGUUUCCCAAGUGUUGGUUUGGUUUAAACUUGGACUGUUUCUCUCUUGGGGAAAAGCAGCACUGUGUCGACAACACUACUGAACUCGAUUAUACUGUUAAACAUUCUUUGUUGUAAAGCAAAUAAAAAUCCUGGAGUUUCCACCUGGAGCUUUAAAAAGAAAGACGCUGUCAAAAUAUUUUCAGUAUAUAAAACAAAGUUUGAUUCAGUAGUUUUCUGAUUAACAAGGAAACAUCCUUCAAAUUCAUGAUCUCGCUUAGCGACGUUGUGAGACACUGCAUUUUGAUAGCAGCCAUGAGAGGAAGCAAUAUUUUUUUUUUACACUGUUCCCAUCAGACUUAAGUGGGAUCAGCACUAGAACCUGGAGAAACAGGACUAAGCCAGUACACAAGCUGUCAUCUCCACACUUCAAAAUCUGGCUUCAUGGGCAGUUCAAAGGUUGCUACUGCUGAAAGGGGAGGGUUUGCCUCACCUCCCCUCCUGCUCUCCCUGUCAUCUGCACAGCCACGUGGCCAGCUGGAUCAAUUUUGGAGUUUACUCACGUUAUGCAGACUGGCCUUCUCUCCUCCAACUGCACAAGCAAUGGAGCUGGUUCCAAGCAGCAGGAACGUGAGACUUGGGAUGGGACAGAAUUACCUCACUGCCCAGGGUGCAAAAAUUCUAUUAUGCAGAGGUUUGAGAUCAUAGAACUACCAAGGUUGGAAAGAACCUCUAAGACCAUCCAGUCCAACCAUCCACCUAUCAACAACAUUUCCCACUAAAACAUGUCCCUCAGGACAACAUCUAAACAUUUCUUGAACAUAGUGCAGGAUCAGCUCCUUAGAAGGUAUUCUGAAGAACUCCAUUUAGAAUAUUACAGCUGCAUGGCUAGCCUUCACUACAUUCGCUCAUACAUC